AUGGACGUUAAGUUAUUUUUAACUGUUGUCGCUGUUUAUUUAUUGAGUUUUCUAUCUGUAGACGACGAAGGCACCGCCAACAUCACAAUCAUACCGCCGCCUCCUACGCAAAGUCCGAGCGAAAACGCCGAAAACAACAAUUCCUUCUACUCAUCGACUCCUAUGUCGAAGACAUCGAGCGUGACCAGCAACGGUUUCAGCGACGCUUUGAAUGUCUCGAAUGGCAGCUACAUCCUCUCACCAGUCGACAAUGAUGCUUCACCUGUGAACAAGAACAAAGAGAACUACAUGAAUAAUAAGAACAUCAACGGAAAUACGAAUGGCAUCAACAACAAUAUUAAUGCGAACACAACGACGAUUAUUGCAGAUAUUGAGGGUGAAGUUAAGAAACGCGUGCCACGAUACGACAAGAUUUAUUAUAUUGCUAAAGAGAUUUUGACAACAGAAAUUACAUACAACAAAGAUUUAGAUGUAAUCAACACCUGUUUUAGGGAAGAAGUUUUCCGGGAAGGUUUUGAAGAAUGCUCCAUGCUUCUUGGUUUGGUGGCACCUCUAGCUCAUGCUCACGCGCAACUUGUCAAAGAUCUAGACCAACGGAUGAAAAACUGGGAAGGCCAGGGUGGACCAAAAAACAACUCCGGGAAGAUUGCAGAUGUUCUUUUGACGCAUUUACCACCCUUGUUGACCGUUUACGAGGAAUAUUUAGACGGGCAUCUUCUGGUAUUGGAAAGAUUAGAUCAGGCAUCUAAACAGAAUACACGAUUUGAGCAGCUGUACCGCGAAUUUGAAAUGCAAAAAGUUUGUUAUCUUCCGCUAAGCGUGUUUGUUUUGAAACCUCUGCAUCGAUUGCUGCAUUAUCAAUCAUUGCUACAGAGAUUGUUAAAAAAUUACGCACCGAAUCAUUCGGAUCGUGCGGACUGCAUGACUGUAAACAAUACAUUAAAGGAUUUAAUACAACCUGUCCUGGAUACUCUAGCAAUUUCUGAAAAUCUUGCGACACUUUGUGAACUUCAACGGGAUGUGGUUGGUUAUGACAAUAUUGUUCAGGAUGGAAGGAAAUUUAUCCGACAUGGCUGCUUAUUGAAACAUUCGAGAAAGGGAUAUCAACAACGCAUGUUUUUCUUGUUUUCUGAUAUACUCUUGUACACAUCUCGAUCGGGUACGUCACAGUUUAAGGUCCAUGGCCACAUGCCGCUGCGUGGUGUAUUGAUAGAAGAACCAGAAGGCGAGUUAGCCAACUAUGGAUUAAUUAUUUAUGGUGGAAAUCGUGCUCUCACCGUUGCAGCUAAUUCACAGGAAGAGAAAGAACGCUGGAAGGCAGACCUACAGCAAGCUAUUCAGCAAGCCCGUGAUAAAACAGACACAAAGGUGACAUACCUUAGCCUUAAAAGCAGUUCUUCUUCAGAUGAAAUUCUUGAUCAAUGUGGCAACGACGUGCCAAAGGCAGCAGCACAGAGAAAUAAUACAACUGUACAUGUUUGUUGGCAUCGCAACACAAGUAUUAGCAUGAAGGAUCAAUUGAUUGCUGUUGAAAAUCAAUUAUCAGGAUAUCUUCUAAGAAAGUUUAAGAGUAGCAACGGUUGGCAGAAAUUAUGGGUGGUGUUUACAUCGUUUUGUUUAUUCUUUUACAAGGGGUGCACUGAUGAUUUUCCACUAGCUUCAUUACCAUUGCUUUGUUACUCAGUUGGACCGCCAACACCUGAAGACGCAAUAGGCAAGGAUUUUGUUUUCAAGUUGCAGUAUAAGAAUCACGUGUACUUUUUCAGAGCUGAAUCUGAAUACACUUAUCAGAGAUGGUUGGAAGUAAUCAGCAGUGCUACACAACAAGGUACAAUCAAAAGAAAGCACAUCGACAAUAUUGCUAAUCAAAACUCGAUUGAAACUUCGCCAGAAAAGUAG